AAUAGGCAGACUUCCGGCGCGAAGUGAGCGAGAUCUCUGCGCGGCAGCCGUGGUCGCGCCGCGGGGAGUUUGUAUCCUGGUUCCGCCCGCUUGGAGUCUGCAUGCGAGGAUUAUGGCUGCUGUUCCUCAGAAUAAUCUACAGGAGCAACUAGAACGUCAUUCAGCCAGAACACUUAAUAAUAAAUUAAGUCUUUCAAAACCAAAAUUUUCAGGUUUCACUUUUAAAAAGAAAACAUCUUCAGAUAACAAUGUGUCUGUCACUAAUGUGUCAGUAGCAAAAACACCUGUAUUAAGAAAUAAAGAUGUUAAUGUUACCGAAGACUUUUCCUUCAGUGAACCUCCACCUGACACCACAAAUCAGCAGAGGGUCAAGGACUUCUUUAAAAAUGCUCCCGCAGGACAGCAAACACAGAGAGUUGGCUCAAAACCAUUAUUGCCAGAUUUCUUGCAGACUCCAAAGGAAGUUUUAUGCACUACCCAAAACACACCAACUGUAAAGAAAUCCUGGAAUACUGCUCUCAAGAAAUUAGAAUUUAGUUCUUCACCAGAUUCUUUCAGAACCAUCAAUGAUUGGGAUGAUAUGGAUGACUUUGAUACUUCUGGGACUUCAAAGGCAUUUGUUACACCACCCCAAAGUCACUUUGUAAGAGUAAGCACUGCUCAGAAAUCAAAAAAGGCUAAGAGAAACUUUUUUAAAGCACAGCUUUAUACAACAAACACAGUAAAGGCUGAUUUGCCUCCGUCCUUCUCUGAAAGCGAGCAAAUAGAUUUGACUAAGGAACAGAAGGAUGACUCAGAAUGGUUAAGCAGCAAUGUGAUUUGCAUUGAUGAUGGCCCCAUUGGUGAAGUGCAUAUAAAUGAAGAUGCUCAGGAAAGUGACUCUUUGAAAACUCAUUUGGAAGAUGAAAGAGAUAAUAGCGAAAAGAAGAAGAAUUUGGAAGAAGCUGAAUUACAUUCAACUGAGAAAGUUCCAUGUAUUGAAUUUGAUGAUGAUGAUUAUGAUAUAGAUUUUGUUCCACCUUCUCCAGAAGAAAUUUCUGCUUCUUAUUCCUCUUCAAAAUGCCUUAGUAUGUUAAAGGACCUUGACACCUCUGACAGAAAAGAGGAUGUUCUUAGCACAUCAAAAGAUCUUUUGUCAAAACCUGAGAAAAUGAGUACACAGGAGCCGAAUCCAGAAACCAGCACAGACUGUGACGCUAGACAGAUAAAUUUACAGCAGCAGCUUAUUCACGUGAUGGACCACAUCUGUAAAUUAAUUGAUACUAUUCCUGCUGAUAAACUGAAACUUUUGGAUUGUGGGAACGAACUGCUUCAGCAGCGGAACAUAAGAAGGAAACUUCUAACAGAAGUAGAUUUUAAUAAAAGUGAUGCCAGUCUUCUUGGCUCCGUGUGGAGAUGCAGGCCUGAUUCACUUGAUGGCCCUGUGGAGGGUGAUUCCUGCUCUGCAGGGAAUUCUAUGAAGGAGUUAAAUUUUUCACACCUUCCCUCAAAUUCUGUUUCCCCUGGAGACUAUUUACUGACUACCACCCUAGGAAAGACAGGAUUCUCAGCCACCAGGGAGAAUCUUUUUGAAAGGCCUUCAUUCAAUACCCCUUUACAGAAGUCCUUUGUAAGUAGCAACUGGGCUGAAACACCAAGACUAGGAAAAAAAAAUGAAAGCUCUUAUUUCCCAGGAAAUGUUCUCACAAGCACUGCUGUGAAAGAUCCAAAUAAACAUACUGCUUCAAUAAAUGACUUAGAAAGAGAAACCCAGCCUUCAUAUGAUAUUGAUAAUUUUGACAUAGAUGACUUUGAUGAUGAUGAUGACUGGGAAAACAUAAUGCAUAAUUUAGCAGCCAGCAAAUCUUCCACAGCUGCCUAUCAACCCAUCAAGGAAGGUCGGCCAAUUAAAUCAGUAUCGGAAAGACUUUCUUCAGCCAAGACAAACUGUCUUCCAGUGGCAUCUACUGCUCAAAAUAUAAACUUCUCGGAGUCAAUUCAGAAUCACACUGACAAGUCAGCACAAAAUUUAGCAUCCAGAAAUCUGAAACAUGAACGUUUCCAAAGUCUUAGUUUUCCUCAUACAAAGGAAAUGAUGAAGAUUUUUCAUAAAAAAUUUGGCCUGCAUAAUUUUAGAACUAAUCAGCUAGAGGCGAUCAAUGCUGCACUGCUUGGUGAAGACUGUUUUAUCCUGAUGCCGACUGGGUUUCAAGAGGGCAUUUUUAAGAUUCCAGCUACAUAUCUGACAGGUGAUAAGACUGACUCAGAAGCUACAAAUAUUUACCUCCAGUUAUCAAAAAAAGACCCAAUCAUAAAACUUCUGUAUGUCACUCCAGAAAAGAUCUGUGCAAGUAACAGACUCAUUUCUACACUGGAGAAUCUCUAUGAGAGGAAGCUCUUGGCACGUUUUGUUAUUGAUGAAGCACAUUGUGUCAGUCAGUGGGGACAUGAUUUUCGUCAAGAUUACAAAAGAAUGAAUAUGCUUCGCCAGAAGUUUCCUUCUGUUCCGGUGAUGGCUCUUACGGCCACAGCUAAUCCCAGGGUACAGAAGGACAUCCUCACUCAGCUGAAGAUUCUCAGACCUCAGGUGUUUAGCAUGAGCUUUAACAGACAUAAUCUGAAAUACUAUGUAUUACCGAAAAAGCCUAAAAAGGUGGCAUUUGACUGCCUAGAAUGGAUCAGAAAACACUACCCAUAUGACUCAGGGAUAAUUUACUGCCUCUCCAGGCGAGAAUGUGACACCAUGGCCGACACAUUACAGAGAGAUGGGCUCGCUGCUCUUGCUUACCAUGCUGGCCUCAGUGAUUCUGCCAGAGAUGAAGUGCAGCAGAAGUGGAUUAAUCAGGAUGGCUGUCAGGUUAUCUGUGCGACAAUUGCAUUUGGAAUGGGGAUUGACAAACCGGAUGUGCGAUUUGUGAUUCAUGCAUCUCUCCCUAAAUCUAUGGAGGGUUACUACCAAGAAUCUGGCAGAGCUGGAAGAGAUGGGGAAAUAUCUCACUGCCUGCUUUUCUAUACCUAUCAUGAUGUGACCAGACUGAAAAGACUUAUAAUAAUGGAAAAAGAUGGAAACCAUCAUACAAGAGAAACUCAUUUCAAUAAUUUGUAUAGCAUGGUACAUUACUGUGAAAAUAUAACGGAAUGCAGGAGAAUACAGCUUUUGGCCUAUUUUGGUGAAAAUGGAUUUAAUCCUGAUUUUUGUAAGAAAUACCCAGAUGUUUCUUGUGAUAACUGCUGUAAAACAAAGGAUUAUAAAACAAGAGAUGUGACUGAUGAUGUGAAAAGUAUUAUAAGAUUUGUUCAAGAACAUAGUUCAUCACAAGGAACGAGAAAUAUAAAACAUGUAGGUCCUUCUGGAAGAUUUACUAUGAAUAUGCUGGUUGACAUUUUCUUGGGGAGUAAGAGUGCAAAAAUCCAGUCAGGUAUAUUUGGAAAAGGAUCUGCUUAUUCACGACACAAUGCCGAAAGACUUUUUAAAAAGCUGAUACUUGACAAGAUUUUGGAUGAAGACUUAUAUAUCAAUGCCAAUGACCAGGCAAUCGCUUAUGUGAUGCUCGGAAAUAAAGCCCAAACUGUACUAAAUGGCAAUUUAAAGGUAGACUUUAUGGAAACAGAAAAUUCCAGCAGUGUGAAAAAACAAAAAGCGUUAGUAGCAAAAGUAUCUCAGAGGGAAGAGAUGGUUAAAAAAUGUCUUGGAGAACUUACAGAAGUCUGCAAAUCUCUGGGGAAAGUUUUUGGUGUCCAUUACUUCAAUAUUUUUAACACCGUCACUCUCAAGAAGCUUGCAGAAUCUUUAUCUUCCGAUCCUGAGGUUUUGCUUCAAAUUGAUGGUGUUACUGAAGACAAACUGGAAAAAUAUGGUGCGGAAGUGAUUUCAGUAUUACAGAAAUACUCUGAGUGGACAUCGCCAGCUGAAGACAGUUCCCCAGGGAUGAGCCUGUCCGGCAGCAGAGGCCCCGGAAGAAGUACCGCUGAGGAGCUCGACGAGGAAAUAUCCGUAUCUUCCCACUACUUUACAAGUAAAACCAGAAAUGAAAGGAAGAGGAAAAAGAUGCCAGCCUCCCAAAGGCCUAAGAGGAGAAAAACUGCUUCCAGUGGUUCCAAGGCAAAGGGGGGGUCUGCCACAUGUAGAAAGAUAUCUUCCAAAACGAAAUCCUCCAGCAUCAUUGGAUCCAGUUCAGCCUCACAUACUUCUCAAGUGACAUCAGGAGCCAAUAGAAAAUUGGGGAUUAUGGCUCCACCGAAGCCUAUAAAUAGGCCAUUUCUUAAGCCUUCGUAUGUAUUCUCAUAACAACCGAAUCUCAAUGUACAUAGACCCUCCUUCUUGUUUGUCAGCAUCUGACCAUCUGUGACUAUAAAGCUGUUAUUCUUCUUAUACCAUUUGAAAUUUUUACUCGUCUCUAUUAAUAUUUAAAUAAAUGCUGGGGGUGAUAGUUCUUUUUAAAAUAAACAUUUUCUUUUGAAUAA